UAAUUUAGACUUCUGGAUUGGGCAUAUGUAGAGGCUACGAUUUAUCUUGUCAGAAGUGAAGCUUAUCCAUUGUGAUUGAGAAGCCAGUAAGCAUUCUGUUUCACAGUCUGAAAAUAUGGUGAAAAACUUAGCUCGAGACUCCAUAACAGGACUUCACUAAACCAACAGGUGAUGACAUAGCAACCAAGAGCAUCAUUUAUUGAGGUUUGGCCACUAUGAGCGCUAACAUCUGAGUCACACAAGCCUACAGACCAGUCAGUCCUGGCAACCGCCAGAUGCUAAGGAAAAAUGUGUAUUCCAUAUAGGGCUGCACGAUUUUGCAUAAAAUGAGAAUCACGAUUUUUUUUGCUUAGAAUUGAGAUCACGAUUCUCUCACGAUUUUCUUUUCCAAUAUAAAUAUUUAUUGCACUUAUUAACUGCACAUCAACUUCGUAACAGUUGAAACUGAACAUAAAAACAAUAAAUACACAUAAAAACAAUAAAUGCCUCACAUUUUGUGGUUGCCGCAAAAUGUUGUACUGCUUGAAAUUCCGUCUCCACCGUUGCUCGACACUGCGUGUAUAGAGCAGGUAGUGCAACAAUAGAAAAAUAGUUGCGGGAUGGCACUGUGUAGCGUUUGUCUAGGGUGUUGAUCAUUUUCCUAAAUCCCUCGUUUUGCACAGUGUUGAUAUAUCUUUGGUCAGGUGAUAAGUAAUAGCCUCCGUAAUUUCUUUGUGCCUGCGGGAGUUCAACGUGUAUAGGGAAGCGCUGUAUAAGGUUCCCGUUAUUGAUGUUUGGGUGGUUGACCGGGACGGAUUUUCUCCUGUCACUUUCUCGUCAUCCCUGACGUGUUCUCCGUUGUUUUUCCCUGCCAAUUUGAGCAUCACGGCACAGCUUCUGUAUCACGUGGUAUAAGGCUCCGCCCUUGUCAUUUGUUGAGCAGGAAGAGUGAGCGCUUGUUUUCAUGCAGAUUACGUCCCGGAUCAAAAUGCGGUACAAUCGUCGUCGUCUUUUUUUUUUUUUUUUGAAAUCGUUGUCAUUUGGAAAUGAGAUCGCACAUAAGUAUGAAUCGAGAUCGCGAUUUUCUAACGAUUAAUCGUGCAGCCCUAAUUCCAUAGCCAGUUGGCUAAAACCUUCUCGUAAUUGCUUUGAUCAUUAGCAUUUUGAAAUGAUGGACUUGUCUGCAAAUACUGUCCUGCUCCUUUCUCAGCUGUGGCGAAAGUGUGAAAAGUGCAAUGCUGAAUUCUCAAGGUGACAGACUUUGUCCAGUCACCUAACUUCAGUCUACACCAGCUGCUUGCAUGCUGCAUGUUUUUCUCUGGUACCGAUUUGUAGAAUUUGUUUUGUAGUGUGUUGCCAUAAAUGCAUCUCUGUAACAAAGCAAAAGUUCAAUAAUUCAUCAGCAGCACUGUGUAAAAUAGAUCGACCCCUUUGUGUCUUUAAACCUCCGUGCCUCUCUCUCACUAACCCAAAAGCCUGUGCCUGUUAUUCUCUUUUCUUUGUCUCCGCAACGGCUCAAAGAUGUCUAAGAAGAACACCCAGAGCUCUGUAGAUGAUCAGUCAGAGCAUGGUCAGCCUCCCAGCCAUUGUCAGGUGGAUCAGUCCACAAAGACCAUGUUGGGUUGUAGAAAGAAGGCUGAGCCAGGCCAGAGAAAUGGAGAGACCGCGUCGUCGUCUCCGGAGAGCGGCAGCAUAAACGGAGAAGGAAAGCGUAGUGGCAAAAGCCGUCGCCGCAGAAAACGUUUGUCUAAUCCUGAGAGCCGCCCAGAAGAAAAAGUCGACAAGCACAAGAACGAGGAGAAAAACAAACAAAGCAGCCAGCCGUCUGAUCAGCUCUCUGGGUUGAUUGGUCUGCAGUCUGAGUGCACUAAUGUGUGGUUUGAACGCAGCAUCUACGAGAGAGCAGAGAGCCUCUACCAGUGCUGGCUGGCAAGCUCUUCUAAUGGGACCACCCAGUCGAACCGAUCACCUCCAUCCUCCGGGAAACGAUUAAACUCUUCAUCCACUGCAGCUCCACCUUCGGCUGGCCCAUCAUGCAACCAUGGUGACCAGGUGGCCUGCCACCAUGUUGUACAAACAGUGUGGGUAAACAAGACGACAUUUGACCAAGCAGAACGCCGCUUUGUCGAGGGGUCGAUGCAGCCAUCAGUUCCAAACUCUCUGGACCUUCAAGCUCCAUCCAGUCGCUCCACUGCAUCCAGAACACCUGAUGAAGGAUAUCAGUCUCUAGCCCCAACUCCUGCAACCCCUGUCAUCCAAGCAGCCAUCACACCAACCGUACGGCAGUCAAUUAAUGGACUGCCCCGCAUCCCAGUGGAGCUGCUCAGAGACGUGUGGCUGGACAAACCACUUUAUGACCGUGCUGAGGCAGCCUUUUACCAAAAUCUGUAUGGUAACAAUUCCACCAAACGGUCCAGCUGCACCUCUACUUCCAGAUGUAGUGACCACCCUCAAAGCCUUGUAGAAGAGGAAGAGGAGGAGGAAAACGACGAAGCUGUAGCAGAGGAAACACGUGUGGUCCCACAGGGGAAAGCUGAGGUCUUCCAUGCUCUGCACCCGAUACAAGAGGAAGAGGAGCCGGCUGAGCUCCCGGAGAAGGAAGAAGCAGCAGCUGCAGGAGUUCGCUAUUUCCUCCAUCCGAACAGUGAGCGGGUGUGGCUGGACAAGUGGCGGUAUGAUGCUGCUGAGAGCCAUUUCCAUGGUUGCCGUGGGAAUAAAGCUGUGAAGAAGGAGCGCAGGCCAGAAGCAGAAGCCUCAUCAGUUGCCUCGGCCGCCCCACUGAGGGACAAAAAAAUGAGUGCAGUGGACUUUCUGGCCAAGGAAAAGAUCUGGUUUGACAAACCACGCUAUGACGAAGCAGAGAGGCGCUUCUACGAGCACAUGAAUGGCUCACCACAACCCACAAAGGAUGCUGGCGCCAACACCAUUCUUCAGGACAUUGCCCGGGCCCGGGAGAACAUCCAAAAGUCUCUAGCAGGGAGCACAGGCAGCAGCAUCGGCGGCAGCUCGGCUGAUCACGGAGAACUCGUUUCCCGCAUCAAGAGCCUGGAGCUGGAGAACCAGAGCUUACACAAAGUGGUGGAGAACUUGAGGGCAGCACUUUCCAAACUGGAAUGUCGGGUUGCAGUUUUGGAGAAGUCUCCUGCAGCCGUCAGCCCAGCUUCUGCUCCUGCUCCUUCAGUCCCUUACACAAACGGCACCGCUGUCCAGCAGAAGACCAGCACCCCAGCUAAAGAGGAGGAGGAGGAUGACGAUGAUAUUGAUCUGUUUGGUAGUGAUGAAGAUGAAGAGGCAGACAAACUCAAAGAACAGAGAUUGAAAGAGUAUGCAGAGAAAAAGGCCAAGAAGCCUGCCAUCAUCGCCAAGUCCUCCAUCUUAUUGGAUGUCAAACCUUGGGAUGACGAAACAGACAUGGCAAAACUUGAGGAGUGUGUGCGCUCGGUACAGGCCGACGGUCUGUUAUGGGGGACGUCCAAACUGGUGCCUGUUGGAUACGGCAUCAAAAAGCUCCAGAUUGCGUGUGUGGUGGAGGACGACAAAGUGGGAACAGACAUGUUAGAGGAGGAAAUCACCAAGUUUGAAGAUUAUGUCCAGAGUGUCGAUGUAGCAGCAUUCAACAAGAUCUGACCCCGUCCUCUUCAUGUCUUCAUGUCACGCCUUGAUUCUCUGCUGAUUGUGUCAACGGUUAAAAAUAAUAAUAAUAAUAAAAUAACCUCUUGCACUGAA